AUGAUCGUUCAUUGGUUAUCAUUAUUCACUAUUUAUAUUAUUUCAUUUACACUUGCUAAUCCAACUAAUUUUACUUCAAAACAUCGUAAAACAUCAAAUGAUUCAUCAUUAGCUAGCGGUCGAUCGGCUAUUUCAAUUAUUGAAGAAGAUAAACGAUGUUUUGCAUGUCCAAUAAUUUCUGACACAAGCAUUCAUAGUCGAUGUAUUGUACCUUGUCAUUAUAAUCAAAGAUGUUAUUUAAAAGCUUCUCAUGCUAAUGCUACACUCACUGAUCGUCGUUGUACUGAUGAACGAUGGGUACGUGAUUUGCUUGUCGAUGGUUGUCUUACAUACAAUGGUCAAUAUUGGUGUAUGUGUUCAACUGAUUUAUGUAAUUCCGGUGAUUUUACAUCUAUUCGUGGUUAUGAUGAUUGUUCAAAUGAACCAUGUCCAUGGGGUACAAUGUGUCUCGAUACAAAAGAUGGAUUUAGUUGUAUAUGUCCACCAUGGCAAGAUGAUUGCACUUAUUCCUUUAAUAUCGGCUGUUCGUGUAAGAAUGGGGGUCGAUGUAUGACGGGUCUUGGAGGUUAUAUUUGUGAAUGUCCAUAUGGUUAUAAUGGAUUAAAUUGUGAAACAAGAGAUAUAUGUAUUCCAAAUCCAUGCAUGAACGGCGGCACAUGCCAAUCACAAGGCUUACUUAGUUUUACAUGUCAAUGUCGAUCAGGAUUUCAAGGACUUACUUGUCAGAUAUGUGACGCUUGCAUACCAAAUCCCUGUCAAAAUGGCGGCACGUGCCUUUUUGAUGAAGCAACUGGAUAUUUUCGUUGUACUUGUCCACCAGGAUAUACAGGUCGUACAUGUGAUAUUGGCAGUACAGUAACUGUUCCUCCAUCUAAUGCAUGUUCACCUAAUCCCUGCAGAAAUGGCGGUACAUGCCAACCAACUAAUACAGGAAGUUUCAUAUGCUUAUGUCCUGUUGGUUAUCAAGGCACUUGUUGUGAAACUCGCAUAGAUCCAUGCUCACCGAAUCCAUGCCAAAAUAAUGGUAUCUGCACAGCAAGUGGAACUUCUUUUUUUUGUUCAUGUUUGACUGGAUAUACUGGACAACGUUGUGAAACACGUGAUCCUUGUGCUGAUAAUCCUUGUUUGAAUGGAGGUGCUUGUGUGCCAAAUGGAUUUGGAGGAUUUACUUGUCAAUGUCCACCAGGAUUUAGUGGUCAAAGAUGUGAAGAUCGUGAUCCUUGUGCUUCUCAACCUUGUAUGAAUCAAGGCAAUUGUAUACGAGAUAAUGGUGGUUUUCGUUGUGUUUGUCCAUCAGGAUAUUCAGGAAGUCGAUGUGAAAUUCGUGAUGCAUGUCAACCUAAUCCUUGUCUGAAUGGAGGCACAUGUCGACCUAUAAAUGGAAAUGGUGGAUUUCAAUGUACAUGUCCAGCUGGUUUUACGGGUAUAUGUUGUGAAACAAGAGAUGUUUGUAUUCCAAAUCCUUGUUUGAAUGGUGGAGCUUGUAUACCAAAUGGAUUUGGUGGAUUUACUUGUCAAUGUCCACCAGGAUUUAGUGGUCAAAGAUGUGAAGAUCGUGAUCCUUGUGCUUCUCAACCUUGCAUGAAUCAAGGCAAUUGUAUACGAGAUAAUGGUGGUUUUCGUUGUGUUUGUCCAUCAGGAUAUUCAGGAAGUCGAUGUGAAAUUCGUGAUGCAUGUCAACCUAAUCCUUGCAUGAAUGGAGGAACAUGUCGACCUAUAAAUGGAAAUGGUGGAUAUCAAUGCAUGUGUCCAUCUGGAUUUACAGGUUUACGUUGUGAAACAAGUAUGUUUAUUUAUUGAAACGUAACAUCUUCU